CGAUGGGCCAAGGGGACGAAAGCGAGCGCAUCGUGAUCAACGUGGGCGGCACGCGCCACCAGACGUACCGCUCGACGCUGCGCACGCUGCCCGGCACGCGGCUCGCCUGGCUGGCGGAGCCCGACGCCCACAGCCACUUCGACUAUGACCCGCGCGCAGACGAGUUCUUCUUCGACCGCCACCCCGGCGUCUUCGCGCACAUCCUGAACUACUACCGCACCGGCAAGCUGCACUGCCCGGCCGACGUGUGCGGGCCACUCUACGAGGAGGAGCUGGCCUUCUGGGGCAUCGACGAGACCGACGUGGAGCCCUGCUGCUGGAUGACCUACCGGCAGCACCGCGACGCCGAGGAGGCGCUGGACAGCUUCGGCGGCGCGCCCCUGGACAACAGCGCGGACGACGCGGACGCCGACGGCCCCGGCGACUCAGGCGACGGCGAGGACGAGUUGGAGAUGACCAAGCGCCUGGCGCUCAGCGACUCCCCAGACGGACGGCCUGGCGGCUUCUGGCGCCGCUGGCAGCCGCGCAUCUGGGCCCUCUUCGAGGACCCCUACUCAUCCCGCUACGCGAGGUAUGUGGCCUUUGCCUCCCUGUUCUUCAUCUUGGUCUCCAUCACCACCUUCUGCCUGGAGACCCACGAGCGCUUCAACCCCAUCGUGAACAAGACGGAGAUCGAGAACGUGCGGAACGGCACGCAAGUGCGUUACUACCGGGAGGCGGAGACGGAGGCCUUCCUCACCUACAUCGAGGGCGUCUGCGUGGUCUGGUUCACCUUCGAGUUCCUCAUGCGUGUGGUCUUCUGCCCCAACAAGGUGGAGUUCAUCAAGAACUCGCUCAACAUCAUCGACUUUGUAGCCAUCCUCCCUUUCUACCUGGAGGUGGGCCUGAGCGGCCUGUCCUCUAAGGCCGCCAAGGAUGUGCUGGGCUUCCUGCGCGUCGUCCGCUUCGUGCGUAUCCUGCGCAUCUUCAAGCUGACCCGCCACUUCGUGGGCCUGCGGGUCUUGGGCCACACUCUGCGAGCCAGCACCAAUGAGUUCUUACUGCUCAUCAUCUUCCUGGCUCUGGGCGUCCUGAUCUUCGCCACCAUGAUCUACUAUGCCGAGAGGAUAGGGGCGCAGCCCAAUGACCCCAGCGCCAGUGAGCACACCCACUUUAAGAACAUCCCCAUCGGCUUCUGGUGGGCUGUGGUCACCAUGACGACGCUGGGCUACGGAGACAUGUACCCGCAGACGUGGUCCGGCAUGUUGGUGGGAGCGCUGUGUGCGCUGGCGGGCGUGCUGACCAUCGCCAUGCCCGUGCCCGUCAUCGUGAACAAUUUCGGGAUGUAUUACUCCUUAGCCAUGGCUAAGCAGAAACUACCAAAGAAAAAAAAGAAGCAUAUUCCGCGGCCACCGCAGCUGGGAUCUCCCAAUUAUUGUAAAUCUGUCGUAAACUCUCCACAUCACAGUACUCAGAGUGACACAUGCCCGCUGGCCCAGGAAGAAAUUUUAGAAAUUAACAGAGCAGGUAGGAAACCUCUUAGAGGCAUGUCGAUCUGACCUUUCACCUCUGCCCCCUGUAGCGAUGAUUCCAGAUUCAGUCAGACUGCUUCCUUAGUUCCGUGGGUGACUCUGGACCCCACGCUCAGUCUCGAGGUGUGGCGUCUGGGGGCCCAGGGAGAUGCUGGGCAGCCAAAUUCACGAGGCGAGAGCCUGCUAGAACCUCACUGGUGGCUCCCGGUAAGGAGGUUGACACACUGGUCUCGGGUUCUGAAGAGAUGCCACGGCCCGCGAGGUUGCUGAGGACUCUCUUAGCAGGAGCCCAGGGGCUCCGCUGCUCGAUGGGCAGGAGUUGGGCAUGAGUCGCUGACUCAGGCCACUGACCCAAAGUCACGGCGGGGCAGGGUGGGUGUGAUUGGGAAAUGCCAGACAGCUGCCCAUUUGGUCUUUACACGGCUCCCUUCGGGCAGUACAUAUGGCACGGAUGGUGCCUGGGCUCUGGCAGGAGGUCCCUGCAGAGACAGCGGCAAGGAUUCUCACCCCCCCCCGCAGAGCCUGUCUCCAUAGCUGAGUAGCAUUCCUGCUCCGAUGCCGGCUGCCUAACUCCAGGCGCGUCCUCGGAGACGCCUCUUGCCCUCCGUAACAAGCUUACUCACCCCACAGCAUGCGGAACCAGCUCAUCUUCUACCACCACUCUAGAGUUUAGCGUUUAUCUUUAGGAACCUGUUGGAGUGACUCUAGCUUUCACGUUGUCUGUUUGGGUUGAUGGUCCAGUGGGAGUUUCCGGUGGCCUUCUUUCUGAUGGAAGCGGCUGGUGAGCGAAGGACUAGAGGGGGCCACCACCCGGGCAGCUUAGAUGAAAGCGCUUCAGACCAGCAACAACCUCCCACUGAGAGUGUUCCCUGUUUCCGGCAGUAGGGACUGCAGCAGCAAUACACGAUAUCCCAACCAGUGUACGCCCACUUUCCCGUGAAUUCAGUGGGGGUCAGGGAGGG